CUCAGGGCAAGGGGGGGCAGGUCUCCCUGUAGGACAGGGUUGGGGGGGAAUGGGAGUCUCCCUGGGGAUCCCCCACAGCACAGAGAGCAGGGGGCACACUGGGGUCUCGUCUGCCCAGGUUCCUGGCCCACCCUCCUCCCCGCAGGAGUGGAGGACUGUGGGUCGUGCACUAAGCGAGGUGAUUGUGGCGUGUGGUCCCCUCUCUCCUCCCAUGGGGGUGGGUCUGUGUCUGUGCAGGUGGGGGUGUUUUGGUAGGGCCUAGUUAAAUGUCCUUACUGCCCUGGGUUCUAUUAGCAAAGGCCAGUGGGAGCAGCGCCUGCCCUUGGAUGGGGAAGGCUGGGACGACCCUUAGUUCCCGGGACAGUUGGUUCCCUGGGCUGUGACCAGCCCCCAAGGAGACUCUGUCUCCUGCACAGAUGAGAUCUGCCUGGUGGCAGAGAGUCCCCCAGCCCAAGGAGUGGAGCUGUUGACUCCAGUUCCCAUCCCAGGGCUUUAGGCUCUGUUAGAUGCGCCGGGCCCAGGCCAUGGAGCGCUGAGAUGCGCAGGAUCCAGCCCUGGUCUCUCUAGUCCGUGGGGCGCCAGUGCCGGGCGAGAGGACGGGGUGAGGGGCUCCUGGCAGCCUGUGGUGCUGAGGAACCUGCUGUGGUGACCUGCACCUACUGGCGUUUCCUGUGGGCGGGAUGGCUCUGUGCCCAGGCCUGUCGUGUUGCUGGGGGCCAGCUGGGAGGUGACAAAGGCGAGGAGAUCCGAGGCCAGUGAUCGCCCGCCGAGAUGGGUCAGCAUCUCUCAGCCACCCAGAGCUGGCAGAAGGCCUCAUGCACCCAGGCGGCUACGUGAGAGUCUGGAGUUGGUGAGGAGUCCAGGUGCCUCUGGCCAGGGGACCGCACUGACCCAUGGGGGGACCCUUUGCCUGGGGAGACGGCACUGCGUCUGCCCCCACCCCAGUGAGCUUCCCCCAGCUGGUCCCAUCCCUGCCGCAUGCCACCCUCGGGGUCUGUAGUGGUGGAUGGGCAGAGCUAUGUGUCCCAGGCCAUGGUUGUAUCAUGGUCUGUGCCCCAGUCUUUAAACAGUUGCUCGGAGGAGCCCUUCAGUGCGCCAGCCCCUCCCCCCCCCCCAGAUCCCACUCAUCCUCCAGGGCUGGCCACGUGGCCUCACUGCCUCUGAAAUGGAGCCUCUGGGCUCCCGCCCUCCUGCUUCACACUGAGAGCUCUGCCCGGCGCGUCCCACUGAGCCAGACUCCUGCUCGGAGCCUUUUACCCCUCAGGAAUCAAUGCCCGUCUGUCAAGUUCUGCGGCGACUCCAGGCAGCCCUUUCCAAACCUGGUAACCUGUGUCACCUGGAAUCCAGGGUCGGCAAGGCAGCAAAGUCCCCCCUUCGAGGUGGAGCUCUCCGAGAUUAUCAUGGUCAAGAACGAGGUCAACUACGCACUUAACAACCUGUCCAGCUGGAUGAAGGAUGAGGGCGUGGACAAGAGCCUGGUGACUCAGCUGGACAGAGCCUUCAUCCGGAAGGAGCCCUAUGGAGUGGUGCUGAUCAUCGGGCCCUGGAACUACCCCUUGCAGCUCAUCCUGGUGCCCCUGGUCGGGGCCAUCGCGGCCGGGAACUGUGUCAUCAUCAAACCCUCCGAGAUCAGCAGCAGCACCGAGAAGCUCCUGGCUGAGACGCUGCCCAGCUACCUGGACAAGGACUGUUUUGCUGUGGUGACCGGGGGCCCCGCGGAGAUGACAAAGCUGCUGGAAAACAAGUUUGACUACAUCUUCUUCACUGGCAGCCCCCAAGUGGGCAAGAUCGUGAUGGCAGCUGCAGCCAAGCAUCUGACACCGCUGACCCUGGAGCUGGGGGGCAAGAACCCCUGCUUCGUGGCCGACGAGAGCAACCUGCAGAACGUGGCCAACCGGCUGGUCUGGGGGCGCUGCUUCAACGCGGGGCAGACCUGCAUCGCGCCCGACUACGUGCUGUGCAGCGCGGAGACGCAGGAGAAGCUGCUGCCCGCCCUGCGUCACGCCAUCACCCAGUUCUUCGGCCCCGAGCCCCGGGAGUCGCCCGACUUCGCCCGCAUCAUCAGUGACAAGCAGUUCCAGCGCAUCCGGGCCCUGCUGGGCAGCGGGCGCGUGGCCAUCGGGGGGCAGACGGACGAGAGGGAGCGCUACAUCGCCCCCACGGUGCUGGCGGACGUGCAGCCGUCGGAGCCUGCCAUGCAGGAGGAGAUCUUCGGGCCCGUCCUGCCCAUCGUCACCGUGCCCAACGUGGACGAAGCCAUCGCCUUCAUCAACAGCCGGGAGCGGCCGUUGGCCGUGUACGUCUUCGCCUCCGACAGCAAGCUGGUGCGCCGGGUGCUGGAGCGGACGAGCAGCGGCGGUUUUGGUGCCAACGACCCCAUAAUGCAGAUGACGCUAAUCUCGCUGCCCUUCGGUGGGAUUGGGAACAGCGGCCUGGGCUCGUACCACGGCAAGUUCAGCUUCGACACCUUCUCUCACCACCGCGCCUGUCUCCUGCGCAGCAUGGGCCUGGAGCCCAUGAACUCCCUGCGCUACCCACCCUACAGCGAGCGCAAAAUGGGGCUGGUGCUCUCCAUCUUCAGGAUCAAGCGCACGGGCACCUGCACCCUGCUAUGACGGGAGGCCCAGCCCAGCCACCCAGCACCACACAACCCACGUGUUGCCUGAUUGCCAUGCGGGGGAGGAGCAGCUGGCUUGAGCCCCCCAGCUGACCUAGGAAAUCUGACCUCCCUCCCACAGAUUAAAGACACUCUCCAGCCUUCCUCUUUCCCCCACUGAUGAUGGAAGAAAAUGAUCUGGAAUAUUUAAGGCUCAAUGUCCUAACAUAGCGUUUCUCAAACUGGGGUCCACCGGCCCCGCUGAUCAACUCCGCCCUGUUCCUCCCUCAACUCCUCUCCCUUGCUACCAUUGCUUCCUGCACACCGGGGAACAGCUGUUCAGUGGGGUG